CUUGGUUCUGGCUCUCGGUCUGGGUCCUGGUCCUUUUCUUCCCACCUCUCCCCCGUCCUUCCCCUCCAUCAUCGUUCUUUUCAACCGUUCCGUCCGCCCACACUGUCAGCGAUCUCAGUUCCGCCUGUCUUCCAUCCUCUUCUCGCGCCGACUCCCAGUGAUCAACUCGUGGAUCCCUCUUCCUUUCCAGGCUAACUUCCAUCUCCCGCAACCCCUCCCCUUCACCAUCCUCUCCCUGGCCUUCUGGAACAAACCUUGCUGUCCACUCCCCCGCACAUCAAGCUACCAUGUCUUCAAGAAGAGAUCAUGGCUCUGGCACGCCGUCGAAUGCUUCGGCCCGCCAGAACGAGUACUUCAUCCCUCGUGAUGGUAUUGAUCGUGAGGUGAUCACCGCCGACAUCUGUCGGUACCUCGGCAACGACGCCCUCGUUCGGCCCGGCACCUACGAAGACAAGAAGAACGGCCGAGUAAUACAAGGCUACUUUGUCACAGCCUACAGGAACUUGACAUCCGCAAUGAUCGCCGACCUCAAAGCCGACUCGGCUCGAUGGGAACAGGAGAGGCGGAAUCAUUCUGGAGGUACACUAACCUCGCACGACUCGUCUGCAUUCUUCCUGAGAAGCUCAAAGUCUAACUCACCACCAGCGAGAUACAGCGAUUCACAGAAUCGGUUUAGCGGUGCAACCCAGUAUGAUACCUCCGGCUUGAUUUAUCCUAGUGGGCCAAGCCGUGAUUCUUAUGAAAGCGUGCCUAGAUACCCAGGAAGCGAUGCCCCAGGAUACAGCGCCAGCACCGGGUCCCAACCUUACCACCAGGAGAACAGGCAAUCCGGAUAUGGUGGGCAGUACCAGCAGGCCACAUUUUCUCCUCAGGUCCAGGACACCAGGGCAUAUCCGCAGCAACCAGUCGCUGGAUCCAGCUCUGUCUAUGGCGGCCAGCCUUACUCAAACCAUCCCACAAACAAUGUGCCGGACCCGGUCCCCUACUAUUCCGGCGGUAUGUCGGUGGUGUCGCCACAGUCGCAGCAUCGUCCACAGGCGGGUUACCCGGACGGCAGGAUAGAUGCUUCUAGUAGAAGCGCCUACCCUCCAUCUUCCUACGGAGCUCCAGAACAGGCAUACUACGCCUCGCAAUACCCUGUUCCACAGCCCCAUGACGCCUCGUUUGGCCGCCAGGCGUAUGGAGCCACCAGCCAGGCCGAAAUUUUGGGCACUUCCUCCGGCCAAGCCCCAAUGUACGACUCCCGCCAGUAUGAGCCCCAGCCCCAGUACGAUAACCAGACUCCCCCUCCUUCCCGCCCAGUUGCGUCUUCCAGUUCACAGGCUCAAACGGGACAUAGUGGAAGUUCACAUUCACGCCGCAGCGACCGCGAACGUGACCGCGACGACAGACGUGGUCGCCGAUAAAGUACCACGAAAAUGACCUCGCCACACGGGAGACAGUUCCGUGAGUAAUGUUUGAUGACGCGGUCCCUGCCUGCAAUGGAAUUCUUGUGCUUUUUUCUUCUUUCACCCUGGAGAUGGCACCCGCGCUGCGGGUUGAACUUGCCCAGGACCACCGUUCCCUGGGCUCAAGUGGUUUCUCACGGACUUUCCGAGCUAUUGAAUUUUGCGCCUCUUCCCAGCGGCUGGAUUUAUUCAACUUGGGCGGGAUAUUUACUUUCUGGCAAGGCGCCCUGGUUCCAAUGGAUCAAUUACCGGACUCUGCCCCUGGACGUGGAUUUACGCUUGCAUUGUUCUGGAUGAUACCGACGAAUUGCAUCCCGAAAGGACGAAUGGCACCCGGUGUUGUUGAUUUGCGUGAACUUCCGCGGCCCGUUGCGUUUGCCGCGUUGCGUUACUUGCUGCCAGGACCAAGCCUCCCGCCGGAAGAAGCUUACCAAACCCCGAUGGGCUUCCCUUCACGGAUCACAUACUUACUUCCCUUUGCUGUCCGGAUACGACCGUGCGGAACUGGAAGCGGCGUCUGCUGCCCAUCAAACAUGAUGCGUCCCACCUGCCCAGGAGGAGUUCCACUUGCCGAGGCCGGCUUCUCAAUCAUCGUCAUCUGUGAUAGUACGGUAAGGUCAGCAUCCGGACAGCAAGGUGGGUCGGCGUUUGUAAAUACAGCUCAGUCUUGAUACGCCCUCCAACUCUGAAACCGACCGGUCUGGAUCUUUUCGCUUGGGGUCUCGUCGACGCUCAAGCGCAACUGACUGACCGCAGACUACCCCUGGACCGUUCAAGCAUGGCCCACUCAGGACAAGUCAAACUGGACGGACUGGAUGUCCAGAACAUUCUGGACCUGGACUACUCUCCUAUCUGGCUAUCAUUGCCGAACAGGUUUUGAUGAGACAUGCCCUUCUUGGACUAUCAAACACCCUGGCCUUGUUAUAGCUGGGAAGCACUGGAAAGCCCCAAGAAUACCCAAGAUCCCUUGGAUGACGGACCUGAGCACCCAGAAUGAUUCCAUACAGGAAAGCCGUGUCUGCUUCAGAUCGCGAUGGAACACAGAACACUGUCACUUGAAGGACCUCCUACUUCGGGAUCGCCUGAUGAAGGCUCUCCUAGUCUUUAGGACUAGGAAACCCCUUCCUGGCAGAUCUCGCGAAAUAUUUUCUGGAGACGUCUGUCUCAGCUUAUUGGUGGUAAGAUACAAGGACUUCGGUCGCCUCGCUGAGGCCCGAUCCGGAUCAUCAAAGCCAUUGCUGGACUUUCCUAUUCCUGCUGCUUGGGUUUCCGUUUGCCCUCUUGUGCGACAUGGACGGAUCGAUGAUCUGAUCCAAUAACUCCGUCGGCCCGGCCUUCCAGUUCGGAAAUGUUUGCAUUAGCUACUGCUGCACACUGCCACCAGUCGCCUUGUACCAGAAGCAGGCAAAUGGCCCCGUAACGCGCAAAUAUUGCCAGGGCCCUACUUUUCUUUUUCUAGUGCAAGCCUAUUGCAACACUCAGCCGUGGGAUACUCUUUGGAUGGAAUGCUUCUUGGCAACCAAGCUUUCGACCCGGAAAUCCUCACGGGACGCCUCUCAAGGACAAGCCAUUGGCCAAACGGACCGCGCCAAGUCACAUUCCGUGCUCUGACUUGGUCAGUCAAACGCCUCUCAUCAAAGCCAAAGGAACACCAUGGGAACACCAUGGAAAAGUAGUCAGCGGGGUACUCCGUUUGGAUCGUCUGGGAUAGGAUUAAUACCAGUGGCUGUGUGUGAUUCGAACUGCGCCGGACCGGUUGGAUUGAUGACAUAGAGGCAUCUGGUAUGGCGGUUUUGGUUUAUGUGCUCGAGUAGGGGGCGGGCGCACUAGGUGUUGUGCAGGAGUAUUGAACCCGGGUCUGGGGAGAGUUCAAAAUGGGUCUACAGACGGUAAACAAUGUGCCUGCCGGUUGGUUGCUUGGUUGGAAUGAUAUUACAACGGUGACGGUGACGGUGACGGUGUAUGAGCUGAAUGAGGAUGGCAUGUUAAAUGAUCACUAAAGGCUUGUGUGCAUGAAAGGGGUCAAGUACUGACUGAAGCCGGGAUCCGUGACGGUGUUGUAGCCCCCCCCCCCUCCCGGGAAAAAACUUUAGUAAGGGGCACUACACUCUAUUACUAACUUUCCUCCCUAUUAUAUUUUUUUAAUUAAUUUUUAUUUAAUAA